ACGUAGAACAACGACGAACCUAAAUAGAAGGAUUGCAAUGUUAAGAUAUAAUUUUUUAACUAUAGUUUUUUUUGUAUUUGGACUCUUCAUUUUUAUUUAUAAUCUAGUUUAGAAAGCUACCAAUUAUUUGAGAAAUUUAACUGUAAUGGGAUAUCUAGUCUGUGAAUGAUGGUAUGUUAUAAAACUCUAGUUAAGAAAUACCAUGAUGGUGGACUUGUUAACAAUGUGGUUGUCAGUACUUUCUGACUCUUGUAGUUGUGAUCAUAUACCGGUGACUGUGGAUUGUUUUUGUUUUUUUUUUUUCUUUUUCUUCCGAUUCUAGUUCAACUAUGAUACAUCACAUUUUCUGAUGCAGGUUGACAACACUUGGCCAUUAGUUAUUACUGGAUACUCUCUGGGAGGAUCUAUUGCCUCUCUCUUUACCUUAUGGCUGCUAGAGAUCAUCAAUGGAUCGACCUCCAAGCACCCCUUUUGCAUUACUUUUGGUGCACCCCUUAUCCGUGAUCCUGGUGUUCAGGCAGGUUUAGAAAACUCAAGAUGGAAUUCUUGCUUCUUACAUGUGACUGCAAGGGAAGAUCCAGUUCUAAAACUUUUCAUCUCACCUGACUACCGGCAUAUUAUUGAUUCAGCUUUCCCAAAUAGAAGUUACAAACCUUUUGGGACAUUUCUUUUGUGUUCUGAAUUUGGAUGUACUUGGUUUGAGGAGCCUGAGACUCUCUCGGAAUUUCUUGUGGCAAUGGGCUUGGAGAGUGCUGGAAUUCAGAUUCUAGAGGAUGAUAACUUAUUGCUGCACUAUGGGAACAUAUUGAAAGUUAUUGGGUCCAUGCUGAUAUUGAAAGGAAGUUCAGGGCUUGAUAAACAGAUUAGGCAUUCGCUUGAAGCAGGAAUAGUGUUGAAACUUGAAGCAAUUGGGAUAAAGAAGCCACAGCCACAGCAGAUUAUUGAUCCUUCUGCACUUAUGACAAGAAUGGAGAAACUGGAAAAGCCUUUUGUAUUUGAUCCGUCGAAGAAAUUAAACAAAAUGAAGAUAUACAUGGCUGAACUGGAAUGGUACAAAAAAGAUUGUAGGGACAAGCAAAUAGGUUAUUAUGACAGUUAUAAGAACAAGGCGUCCAGAAGCGACAUAAAAGUUGCCCGGAAUAAGAGAAUGCUAACAAAUUACUGGAAAGAAAUGGUUGCAGAAGCUAAUAAGAAGCCUCAGAAAGAAGGGGCAUCCUUUAGGACACGGUGGCUUUAUGCUGGUACAAACUAUAGAAGGAUGAUCGAACCGCUUGAGAUAGCUGAGUACUACAAAGAGAGGGGCCAAGAAGAUUACAUAAGAAAAGGAAGAUGCCAGCAUUUUGUUCAGCUGGAGGAAUGGCUGAAGGAAGCAGAAAAACCAUCAGGUAGUUCAAGCAAGUUACCUAAGCAAAAUCUAGCUAAUUUGCUUACCUUUGAUUCUUGUUUUUGGGCGCGCGUUGAGGAGGCUUUGAUUUCAUGCAAAAUGUGGAUGGAUGAAGGAUGCAAUGCCAACGAGAGGAUACUACUGAGAGAUAAACUGAUUGAGUUUGAGCAGUAUACAAUGGAGUUGAUUGAGAACUAUGAAGUUUCUCCUGAGAUUUUUUUGGAACAUAGCAGCUUUAUGCAAUGGUGGAGACAGUACGAGAAGAUUAUAGGAAAUUGGUAUCACUCGCGAUUCACUAGCUUCAUGAAGAAUUGCAACUAUCUUCGCUAUGAUAAGAGUGAUUAAUGAAUGAGGUUAUAUUGAAUCUAUGAAAUUUAUUUGUAAAUCAGUUAUCAACAAAGUGGUAAAAAAUCUCAUGAGGUUAGUUUUAAACCCAGUUUUGAAGAUGUGAAAAAUUGUAGUUAGUGUUGUGUUUUUAUCUACUAGGUAGUUGUGUAUUUUUUGAAGAGGUCAUGGGGAUUUUAAUUGUGAGGUAUCUAUUAUCUAGAGAAGUUAUGCAAUUGAGUUGAAUUAUUA